AUGCAACUCCUCGACCAAUUCCUCCAGCUCCGAUACGAGCUCAUCGGCAGCCUCACAGCAUGGGUCAACGGCACCUACUUCAUCCCCCCAGAGGCAAUGGCCAGCAUUCUCGACCGUCACAUCCAAGAUAUCGCCCAUUAUCAGGGAUUAGGUGACAGUUACUUCUACCUCAAAUGCAACAAAGUCAGGCAGAUUUUGCUCUUUGCGAGCCACGAGCUCCAAGUGAGGAGGACGUUGACGCGUGAUGUAUGUCGAGCUAUGAAUGAGGCUGUUGUGUGCCUUCGGCAACUUCAGGUUAGUUGA